AUGGAUGACGGGUUCAGAUCCAAUGAAAUGACUCCGGAGUUGUGCUACGAGCACUGCUCCAGCAACGGCUACGACUUCAUGGGCCUGCAAUACGGACGCGAAUGUUACUGCGGGACCGAAGAGGAGGAGAAACGGCACGUGCAGUACGGACCGGGCACUUGCGACCACCCUUGCAAAGGCGACGACAACCUUGUUUGCGGAGGGUUUUGGUCGUUCGAUCUCUACUACAUUGGAGAAACUGGGCCGGCAGAUGCCGGAGAUAGCGUCGACGACUCUUCCGAGAAGCAGGUCUUGCUGGACCUUCACAACGAGGCUAGGUGCGUGCACGGCGCGGAGCCCUUGGCAUGGGACGAAACCAUGGAGGAGACUGCCAGGGGUCACGCUGAGGAGCUCACCUCGCGGCAAAAUUGUGGCUAUUUGUUCUGGAGCGACGUGACAGCGCACGGUUACGGCGAAAACCUCUACCUGUGCUAUGGCGCGGCCGACUGCAUGAUGUACGACGGAGUGCUGGACACAAUGUACGACUAUGCAGUCGACGACGGACCUGUAACCGAGUACGACAUCCGUGCUAGGCGCAUGCUGUGGGCGUCUACAACCAAGCUCGGAUGUGCGAUCAGCUCAUGCGUCUACCAGUACAUCGACGUGGAAGUCUUGGUCUGCAACUACGACCCGAUUGGCGACUACGGGGACCCUGCAGCCAUCGAGGUAGAGGUUGGACUCCCCGAACAAUCGGAGGAGGAAUGCCAACAGGUUGCCCCGCCGGACACGCCUUCGCCCGGGACUACCCCUGCCCCCGCAGCCACCACCCCGCCGCCCUCCACUGGGGAAGAGCCUAUCCCGACAACAGCUCAACCGCUCCCUGUCACCCUCCCUCCGUCCUUCCCCACCUCCCCUCCCGUCUCCGAGACUGACCCGCCUUCACCUGAACCGGAACCAUCGACCCGUGCUCCUGUAACGCCCGAACCCACUCCGGCCCCCGUUAAACCCGAGCCCGAGCCCACUCCAGCCCCUGUUAAGCCCGAGCCCGAGCCCACUCCGGCCCCUGUUGCGCCCGAGCCUGAGCCCACUCCGGCCCCUGUUGCGCCCGAGCCUGAGCCCACUCCGGCCCCUGUUGCGCCCGAGCCUGAGCCCACUCCGGCCCCUGUUAAGCCCGAGCCCGAGCCCACUCCGGCCCCCGUUAAACCCGAGCCCGAGCCCACUCCGGCCCCGGUGACAGACGAAAGCCCUGGCGUUGGUGCAUGCAACCCGAACCCUUGCAUGAACGGAGGGUCGUGCGAGGUGGACCCCAACGGUGGGUACACCUGCAGCUGCGGGAGCAGCUACGGGGGGAUGAUGUGCGAGACCGACGUUACGGGCAUGUCAGAGUUCUUCAUCACAGUGGACUUCCUGGGAACGUGGAGUGACGAACGCAAGGGCGUCUUCCAAAGGGCAGCCAACAGGUGGUCGGAGAUCUUGACGCACAUCCCGUGCUCCGGAACCAACGGCAAUGGGGGUGCCGCGGGCGAGCUUACCAUCACCUCCACUCUUGAACCCAUCGACGGUGUCUACGGAACCCUGGGCUUCGCCGGGCCUCGCGGCACCUACAAUGACUGCCGCGGCAUCAGCUACUCCGGAGAGAUGACGUUCGACAUCGACGACAUCGCUGAGAUGGAGAGGCAGGGAACCUUCGAAGGUGUCAUCCUCCAUGAGAUGGGCCACGUUAUCGGCACCGGUACCCUGUGGGGUGAGUGUUCCGAUUGUGACAGCACCGGCAGCGCGGAAUGGAAGUGCCCCCUGGCUGCCCAGGUGUACAACGACUUCAUGGGCAACCCUGCUGGUUCCCGGGCCGAUAUUGUAGAGCUCGAAGGCGGAACCGGUACAAGCUGCGGACACUUCAGCGAAUCUACGUUCGAAGAUGAGCUCAUGACUGGCUUCGUCAAUGCGGGUACGAUGCCGCUUUCGAAGCUGACGUGCGCGUCUCUGGCUGACCAAGGCUACGUCGUCCAAUCGUCGAAGGCGGACUCGUACACCGUUCCGUCGCGUCGGGACCCCUCCGCCCGCCAGGGCGAGACGAAGACAUACAAGCUUGCGGAGAGCACCGACGACACGACCAUCGACGUUUGCAACGAGGAGGGAGAGAUCGUCGACACCAUGCAAGGGAAGAGGAUCCGCUUCUGAUCCGAACGACUGCUUGCAAGAGGAACACCGCUGUGCCCCAAAAUAUGCUGCGAGUUUAGCUACUGCUUCCCAAGCGGCCGCUGAAGUUCACGAGCGUGCAGAGGACAUGAUGCAUCUUGUGCGGUGUUCAGGAUUGUUUAGAAUAUAUAGCUACAAACUAGCGUGUUUGCUCACAAGCUAUAACAAGUACCGUCGCCUGUUUUCCCAUUUCGCUUUGGUACUCUUUUGUUUUUAGCUUCGGCACACUUAGAUUCAUGCAAUUUUUUAGCCCAACACUUGGGAAUGCACCAUGCUAUUUACUGUUCCAGAGGUGUCGGGCCGUUUUCGCGUCCGUCGGUUGCUGGCCCUUUCUGCGGACCCGAAAGAUCAGCCACUCGUCGAUAGCGUUUCUACCUACUGCUGUGGAAAUCUCGCCCAAUGUGAUUGCUGUUUAGCUACUACCCUCAGACGUGCAUACUUUUGAUGCGCGAACCAGUGCCGUCUCCUACUCGUAGAUGUUGCACCUUUGUCCAUCCUUUGUGUGAUUGACAGGUGCUGUGUGUGAAUUUGUUUGGCUUUUUACACGGGUUGCUGUCGUUCGUGAGGAAUAUAGCCGUUGUCCCCAUCCCGUACGUAAGCAAGGUGCCCGUCACCAUAUCGUUGUGCAUUGAAUGAUGUUUUUUUUUUACGGUUUGGUCCCAGUGGAUGAACCGGCAGAAUUAGCGGUGCGUUUUCCGGAUCACACUAGCACUCCUAAGGGGGAGGACUUUACUCUUGGUCUCUUGGUAUAUUUUCGUGGCUA